UUGAAUUUUUCACGAUUUAACUAUAUUAUACAGAAAAAAUAUAAUUUUAUUUAUAUAUCAACCGCGCGUGCACAAAAAAAAUCGCCGUGGAGCCUAAUACGAGUGUAGAGAUGUGUACGGGGGAGUGGAGAGGGAUGGGGGUAGCCCGUUCCCCAUCACAUGAAUCUGUGACAACAGAUUUAUCCCUGUUUAGUGUAUCAUCUGCUGCUUCUGACGCUAGAGUACUGCGGUUGCUCGCCUGUAAGGCUGGCCAAGGACCGGAGCCAUCACUUCGUGUUGCAAGUCCCAAUCCCGAAGGAAAGGCAUUAAGCCUUCGUCGUGGUUCACCAGCAGUACCGCUUCAGGGUGACGCUUGUCGCGACCUUCUGGCAGGUUGCGCGUCUCUCUGUGCCCAAUUGGGACUUCGCAGGUCAUUUAGUGCUGGUGACGUGUCUGCUCCGGGUUUUCAACCGCCUGUCAGAUCCGCGACUUCAGAAGUUGGUUUGUGCGCUGCCCUUGAAGCCAUGACUUUAAAUGCAGCAUCUCGUUCUUGUAGCACUUGGGUGGCUGGUGGUUCUCAGCUACCAUCACCACAAAGGUCGCAGCCGGUCCAACUACCCCAAAGGACGCUUCCCACUGACAAUAAAAAGGUUCGUCAAAGCUACAUCAAGCGACGGUUGAUCACGACCUACAGAGCAUUGGAGAGGAUGUCGCAAUCUGAAUUCAAUUUGGACAAGUUAGAGGCAGCCGCUGUAAGUGCGGUAUCAGCUGUGAAUCCUGGCCCCAUCACCAUCACAGUGCCAACUAAAAACACAAAUUUCGUUCAUCCAGAAGCGGCACAUUUAGCUUUGACAGCUGCCGACCUCGAGCGGGAAAGGGGAAGGGCUCUGUCGAAGUAUGAGCGUAAUAUGAUGAUAUUCAACUGGCUUCAUACAUUGGACGAGGCAUCGCCAUUCUAAGGUAUGUUGUCAUAUCUGGAUGGUUGUCAAAGUCAAACAUGAUCUCAAAUCUAACAUGUUUAAGUUGUGUCAAAAUGUUGUCAAAACUAAAUAAUGAUCUUAAUGCUUUUAUAAGUUGACUAAUUUGCGCGAUUAGCAGUGUUAAAAAUAUUGUCAUUUACGUUUGUAAAUUAUUGUCUAUGGAUGGAUGUAUAACUUAAUUUAGUUGUGUAAAAUGCCCUCAUAUGUACAUGGUUGUCAAAGCAAUAAUGAAUGCUAAUAAUUGUCAAAAAUAUAAAAAAUGUGAACGUAUAUUGUAUCACCUGAUUAUCAUUAUACGAUGAAAUGGUUGUCAAAACAACACAUGACCGUUCUCAGUAAGACAAUUUGUCAAAAUAAAUGGUUGUCAGAUGUGAUCUCAAAUCUCAGUAUUUUUUACAUUAUUAUGAUGAAAUUAUUAUUUAGUUUGUGAAUAUGUCGAAACGUAAUAAAACCAUUGGCUGUCAGUAAUAUCAAAACGAAGAGUAAAAUUCUCUACUGUCACUAUACUUCAAAAUACCAGAUUAACUUUUGACAAACACUUAUGGGACAAGUAUGUCAGAAUUCAAUAUAAUACGAAAGAUAAAUGUGUAGUUAUGUCCGUAAAUAAUUAAUUAAAAUAAUAUAAAUAUUACAUAUAAAAUAUAUAUGAAGAUACACGCGCACAUUACUUUAAAUUACAGUAACUCAAUGUUACUAGAGAUGAAACGGAUAUUCGGUAACUGGCCUAUCCGGCUCAAAUUUUCGAUAUUUAAUGCCAAAUAAAUACCAUAUAAGAUUGAAGGCACCUUUUCUUCAAGAAAGGAACGUUAAUUCUUAAAAGGCCGGCAAUUGUCAUUGAGAGUGUCCAUGGGCCGUUUGCCGCCCUGUUCUGUAAAAACCUUCACUUUACAUACAGAAUAAUCAAUCUAUAUAUAUAAAAGUGAAUCCCUACUUCCCUUGGUCACGACAUCACGCGUGAACGACUGGACCGAUUUCGCUAAUUCUUUUUUUAUUGUCAGGAGAAGUAUCUUAUGAAAUAAAAAUAAAAUGCGCAGAAAAUUAGAAAAUUUAAGAAUACUUUUGUUACGAUACCAAGAUUAUUACAAUUCUAACUUUUCUGAUGUAACCUUAUGACGUUUGACAUAACAUUGACAGAAUGCGUGCUGUAAAUAUCGUCAAAGAGGAUGUAAGUACAAUGAGUCAGAGUUAUUAUACUGAUAAAAUACAUAUAAAAUAAUUACAGUCGCUAAUUGUUUGUGGCAUUAAUCUUGAAAUUCCAUGUUUUACACAUGGCCUUAUAUGUUGUCUGGUCCCAUGUCGGAAUAUCGACAAAACUAUUUAUAUACGCGCCAGAAAAACGAAGAAUGUUGUAUAUCAUAAAGCAUUUAUAGUUAAUCAUACCAAUCGGGUUCGUUGGUUUUUAAUAAAAGAGCUAAAUAAUUCAUACGAAAAAUAAAAUAAAAAAUUGUUACAAGACGUUUUCUCAUGACCUUAGCAUCGCAAUCAAUUCAUGAGUCAAGAAUACAAAAGAAGUGCUUAUGUCACUUAUAAACUGAAGGGCGCAGGAGCACCCAAGGCCACCCGAUCGCUUAGUCAUGGACUCAUGAUUUGACACUAGUAUUCAGGUAUCCGCCUUCAAGAUUGUCCAAAUAUUUGGUAUCCGGCACAGCAUCUAUCCGUCUCAUCUUUAGUUACUACCACGUCAUCAAACACAGAGCAUGACACAUUCGUCAAUUGUAACUUUGACAACUUUCGUAAUAGAGUAUAUUCAUAAUGACUUUAUUGUCAAAUAAAUCAAUAAUUAGGACGAAUUAAAGUGAUUAUAAAAAGUUUUCGAAUAAACAUGGUGUCGACAGUGUCAACUGUCAUCUGUCAUAUUCUGUAACGGUAUAUGUCAUUCUUAAAAUGCAAUAUGUUUGUUAGUGGAAAAAUAUGCUUCCAUUAAAAUUAAGACAAAACUAGAGAGUUGCUUUGCUUAUUAAAGAAAUCUACAAUAAUAAUAUUAACUUAUUGAUACCCUAAAGGCCUCAAAUAGAUUGUCUCACAUCAUUUAGAGUGAAAAGAGUAGAACAAAACAAUCAAUUUUAUCUUUGUAAAUAUGAUAGUAAGUUAUAAAGGAAAUUUACAUUUAAUUUAAUUCAGUCAAACUACUAAAACUAUCUUUUUCAUCACAGAAUAUAAAGAAAGUGACGAACAGAUAAUAGUUUACGUUUUAUAAGGCCUACGGGUGACGCGUAUAGUUGUAAUAUAUGAUAGUUAUUUAUCUUUAUGUUUUGGUUAUUGAUACAGAAGUUGGCUCGUAAGUGUGUUGCCUGCCUUUAUAAUAUUUCCAUAGUCAAGACUUAGCGCAGAUUAACCCAUAUCUAAAAAAAAGGAUUCUCGAACUCUCACGCUCAGACCCAACAUUGAGACCGACUUGUCUAUUAAACGAAUGUUAAUCAAUGGAUACAUCUCGAUCCUUUUUAUUUAGAGACAGACACAUACUAUGCAUAGAAAUUCGUCUUAAAAUUCCGCGUAACCUAAAAUUUCAAUACCAAAUUGUUUUAACCUAAAGUGGUCACGUAAUUAAUCUUUAACGGGCUUCGUCCUCCUUGCUUGUAUUUAUUUAUGGUAACGUUGACAAGCCUCAAGAGUUUAAAUGUUAAUUAAAUCUCCAAAUCCAGCCAAAUUGUUCCUAUUACAACACUUUGUCUGCCACCACUGUGGUGGCAAACAAUUGUACGCAGAAAAAUAUAUCUAUCCUGCUCACUCCAAUGCAAUUUACGUAAACACCUUACUGUCUCAAAGCGUGUAUAAAAUAUUAUCGCCAUAAUUUUGUGACCAUUAUUAAAUAACGCUCAAUAUUUUUAUCUGGUUUGUGAUUCCAUUUUUUCCCCAACAGGUUUUCUAAUUUUGGUCUUAUAGUACGUACUAAGAUUAUUUCUCGUUCAAAGGUUAAAUUUUAGGAUCUACAGUGUUAACCGCAAUCUUAGGAAGGUAUUAAAGACCUCUGUAACAUCCAAUAGUUAUUCCAAUAAAGUAUUGAAUCGAUAUUGAAAAUUUUGUUGUUGAAAAAGUAAGUUUUUUGGGUUUACAGAGUGAGAUCUGUUAGCUUUUACAAUUUGUACAGCAUUUAUAGUUAUUUAUUUUAGAUGUAAUAUUGUUUUCUAGUUGCAGUUUACGUGAAUGCAUACGUGCUUCAUUUGCUAUACAACAAAUCCAGCAAGAUUACUCUUUAAAACUGACUAAUUAAAAUUCUAAUAUAAAUGUGUGCGUGUACUAGUGUACACACGUAAGAACUGAAACUUCUUUAUGACCUCAUUUUUAGAAAAAUUAUCUACU